CAAAUAUCUCGUAGACGUGGAGAUAAAGCGGUUUCCGACAUGAAGGCUCUAAUACAGCGAGUGUCAAAGGCUUCAGUUUCAGAUACCGACUAGUGUGAAUUGUAACAUUCAAUAAUCUACAUUUAACAAUCAACAAUGGCAACUUCUGAAGAGAAAACGAACAUUACACAAAAUGAGAAUAACAAAUCAAGAAGACAAGAUCAAGAUAAGAAGAUUGUACAAACUGGUGCAAAAAAUACAGAAGACACAAGCAGUGUAGAUAAACCAAAAGUAGGUGAAUUAUCUGUUCCUAAAAAUGAUACAUCUGUUAUACGACAGACACGCGACAGUCAGACAGAUCCUGAGGAUACAGAAACUAUAGAGCAACUAAAAAAUCAGUUGGAUAUGUUAAUGAAUCAGUUGGCCACUCUAUCAGCAGAAAAGUCAAAAAUGGAAGCAAACUUUCAAAUAGAUAAGAAGCAAUUAAGAAGCGAACGUGACGAAUGUGAGAAAGUAAUUAAAGAUCUGAAAGAUAGAUUGAAGAAGGCACAAAACAUCAAUCAUUCCGAAAUCGAACAUGUAAAGUGCAAAUUAAUCAUGGAACGGCAUGAGAGAGAGAAAGAACAUUCCGAUCUCGUCAAAAAGAUAAAAGAACUGCAGAAAUUAUUAUAUGACGAGCAACGCAGCAAGGAACAGCUGGAAGGGCAAUUGAAGACUCAUCUCGCGAAUAAGACGCAGUGCAAGAUUCUUGAAGCUGAGUUAGAAAUUACCAAAACAAAACUCAAACAGGCCGAAGAAGCAGCAAAAGAGACACCACCUCUUCUUCUUUCCCUACAAGCCGAGAUGGCUGUGAUGAAGAAACAACAUUUGAAUGCAAUUCGUGAAGAGCAAAAAAGAGCUGCCGCUGCGGAACAGCAAGCAAGAGGAUCGGUAAUCAUACAUGAGACGAGAGUAGCUGGCUUAGAAGCUCGAUUAGCUGAACUCUCCGAAAUCGUUGGAGGCUAUGACAGACUGAGACAACAGGAUCAAUUAGCUAUUCAAAAAUUAAAGGAUCAAUUGGCUGCUUUGCAGAACACCGAACACUGCGAAGUUGUGAUAUCGAAUAAUCAUCCGGAGGAGAUUAUUUCUAAGAUAAAAUCUUUAUAUACUCGCUUGCUAGAUUUUGACAACAAAAAGAAAGACUCAGCCUAUGUAAAAUCACUAUUGAACAGUUUGGAUUUGCGGGAUGAGCAUCCUGAUUACAAAGAGAAAUACGGCGCACUUCUACAAGAAUUUGAAGAUUACAAGCAUCAAACAAUGUGCAAGUAUAAUAUGUCGUCUAACGUACUCCGUAGUACUCAACAACAAAGACACACUUUGUCUUUGAUGCAUGAUAAAGAUCAUGACAAAACUCAAUUAAACCUCCUUAAAGUUCACAAUAGUAACUUGGAGGAAAGAAUACGUAUGAUUAACAAUGAAAUGUUAAAUAAAGAGAAGAUUUUGCAAGAACAAUUGGAGCAUCAACAAAAGCUAUUUCAAGAAGAACGCUCGAAACUAGAGCAGACGUUGCAUCAAAAAGAUAACGAGUAUCGCAAUAGAAUAUCAAUAUUAGAACAGCAAUUGUUGCGACAAAGAGAGAGAUCUAUGGCUCUCGUAGAGGAAAAGGAUAAAGAGAUAAUGACCUUAAAAGCAUCAUUUCGUGCAUUACUACCUAAUAAGGAAACUGCUAUGACAGAAAAUAAAACACAUUUGAAAAGAUAUGAAAACACCAUUGAGCCGGUUACCGAUUUGGUAACGGGAUUACUGGCAAACGAUAGUCCUCCGAUACUACAUUACACUCAAGAAUUAGCUAGAAAAGAGGUUCAAGUAUCAUCAUCAAGAAAGAAGAUUUUGGAAUUAGAGGCAACAUUGAGAGAGCAACAGAGAGAAAUGUUCCAUAUGAAAGAACAGCAACAGGAAGAGAUUAAAAGAUUGAAGGCGCAUAUCACUAGGUUGGAAGCGUGCAAGUCAAGAGAAGGUGCUAAUCUGGAAUAUCUGAAGAAUGUAUUUAUAAAUUAUUUAACAACAAAUGAUGUAUCGAGUAAACGGCACAUGUUAAAUGCCAUUUCAACAGUAUUGCGUUUUACACCUGAUGAGUUGAGUAAAAUUAAACAUUAAGAAUAGA